AUGCACCAGUCAUCGGGCGGACGAGCCGGCACUGUGAAGGCUUGGAUCGAGGAGAGAGGGAUGGGUUUCAUUUCUCCGGCAGAUGGCAGUCCUGACGUCUUCGUUCAUCGGAGCAAUCUGACCGAUGGCAACUCCCUCGUGAUUGGCACCGAAGUGAUUUUCGAGCCUGGCUGGGAUGAGUCAAAGAACAAGCCUAUUGCUGCAAAGUGCUCUGGAGCCGUGGCUGUGAAUGGUUUCGGAGGCAGCCCUGAGCUCGCGGGCCUUACUCCAAGGAAAGCGCCUGGAACAGUGCCACCUUUGACAAAUGGACAGCCAGGCACUGUCAAAGCUUGGCUGGAAGAGCGGGGUAUGGGGUUCAUCUCCCCUGCAGAUGGUAGCCCUGAUGUCUUUGUGCACAGGAGCAAUCUGCUGGAUGGGAAUUGCCUUUCUGUAGGUGCUCCCGUCAUGUUCGAGUCAGGCUGGGACGAGUCCAAAAACAAGGCCAUUGCCAAAGCAGUCACUGGCGCUUCAAUGUCCUCAGCAGGAAAGGGCAGCCACGGCUGGAGCUCUCCCAGGGUGCCAGCGAUGCCCGCGAUCCCGAACGGACAGCCUGGAGUUGUCAAGGCCUGGAUUGAGGGGAGAGGCAUGGGAUUCAUCACGCCCGCUGAUGGAAGCGCGGACGUCUUCGUCCACCGGAGUAACCUGAUCGACGGUGAUGCGUUGAUCGUGGGAGCUCCAACUUGCAGUAGUGACAGCAUUGACCGCAUCGACAUGCCUCAUUCCUUCCUGACUGCUACCCUUCUGCUCGCAGGCGGGUUUGGUGGCACGUUUGGAGGAGUCGGGAAUGGCUUCGCGAACGGCAAAGGCAGCAAUGGGCCGCUCACUGGAACCAUCAAAGUCUGGUUCGCAGACAAGGGCUAUGGUUUUAUCACGCUGGAUAACGGAAUGGGAGAUGCCUUCGUUGGCAGCAGCGCCGUUCCACCGGGCAUGGCUCUUUACGAUGGCAUGCAUGUUACCCUCACGGCGUCAUGGAACGCAGAGAAGCAGAAGUUCACAGCUCUGCAGAUUCUUCCGGACGCCAAAGGCAAGGGCAAAGGUGCCAACGGCAUGGCAGGUGGCGAGCUGCCAUCUGACAACUGUUUCAUUACUGGCCUUCCGCCAGACAUCAGUGAGGAAAGGCUCCAGGAGCUCUUCAGCGUCUACGGCAGCGUUACCAGCUGCAAGGUGCUCCCAGGCGAGGGCCGACCAGACCGGGCAGCUUUGGUCCGCUUCUCCUCCGUCGGCGAGGCCACAUGGAUCGUGGAGAACGUGAGUGGCACCGUUGUCUCUGGCUUAGAUGGUCCAGUGAAUGUAAGAUAUGCAAAGCUUCAUGGUCCAGUUGCAGGCUUUCAAGGUUCUGGACCAGGCAGGGGCGGUUGUGGUGCUGGCGCCGGUGCCAGUGGCAUACCUCCAGCCUCGCACAUCCAGGCCGCACAAGUAGGUACUGUGAAGGCGGCCAUGGAACAUAGCGUUGUGGUAAUACCCGCUGAUGGAGGGCCUGAUCUACACAUCCCGAAGAGCAUGCUGCUCGAUGGGCAUCCCGAGGUGGGUGGCCUGGUGUCCUUCAGCUCCGAGGGGAGCAGAGGUGGCAAGAGCUUUGGAAAGGCAUCCGCGGGCGCUGCCGGCAUGAGCCACCGCUUCUCUCCUUAUGGUGCUGCGCCUCCACUUGGCCAGGCCAAUGGAUUUGCAGCUACCGGAACAGUUAAGGCCUGGAUGGAGCACAGAGGGAUGGGCUUCAUUGCCCCCAGUGAUGGCACCCAAGACCUCUUUGUUCACAGAAGCUACCUUAUGGAUGGAGGCUCCCUUAUAGUCGGCUCGCGCGUGACAUACGCAGCGGAUUUUGACCCGCAGAAAGGCAAAGCGAUUGCAGUAAAUGUUUGCGGCGCUGUUCCGCAGCCGAUGCCCGGCAUGUAG